GGGGCGUUGAGGGCAAGUUGUUUUACACAGUGAUGGGUGCCUGGAAUGGGCUCCGGGGUGGGAUGGUAGCAGAUAUGAUUGUGGUGUGUCGGGGCAUUUACACAGACACUCAGACAUUAAGGGAACGGAGUGAUUUGAAUUCUGUACAUUUGGGUGGGAUUAGUUAAAACCGGCGUGGUGACUGUGUCCUGUCCUGCGUUCCAGGUUCUUCCAGCCCUGGAAUUGGGAAUUCUGCACAGCCGGAAUUCUGCCUACAGAAGGAACUAGAGCGAGCUGAGAGACUGAGAUACCCGUGAGGAUGCCGCACUCCAAUGGGAAGGCAGAGAUGCUCCUGUGGAUACUGACAGUCCUUCCCACUGUGGUCCAGUGCAGAGCGGCCAUGGCCUCCCCGGACUCAAUCACCACCGUUCCUGUUGGUGGAUCCGUCCACUUCCCCAUCCUCCAUGGCAGUGAGGACAUGUACGAGGUGACUCUGGAGAAAACGUCCUCGAACCAGCUGAAGAUCGUGGCCUGGAUGUCAGACCGACCGCAGAGUCCGUACGUGAUCCAGCCGUCCUACAUGAACCGGAUUCACUUCCGGAGAGAUGGUGUUAUCGAGAUGCGAGGCAUUAAGAUGAGUGACCAGGGGACGUACGAGGUGCAGACAAACUACUUUGGGAGGGAGCUGAGAAACCGUGACCUUGACCAGUUUGAGAUCCAUGUGUUCGAGCCGGUGUCUGAGCCAAUAGUGGAGAUCAGCAGGAAUGCCUCCCACGUCACGCUGAACUGCACGGCUCUCGGAAGCAGACAGAUCACCUAUCGGUGGGAAAGGCAGACAGACGCUGCUGUUGGAAACGACACCUUCCAUGGAGCCCUGCUGGUCCUGCAGGACGAUGGGCUGAGUGGCCACAUCGACAACUGCAUUGCUGAAGAUUGCUGCAGUCGGCAGAUCAGUCUCCCAGUCUCUGUCGACUUCAACCCAGCCAGCAAGUCCAGAAAUGAUUGGGCCAGUGUCCUCAGCUUUACAGUCGUUGUGAUAUUGAUCUUGGGUCUGUAUCUGCUCAGGAAAUAUCAGUCAAGCCCACUCAGAAACCAAGGGCCAGGAGAAUUCCAGUGAGGAUGGGGGUUCGGAUGAGGGUUCUGACUGUCCGAUCUUGGAAUCUCGCGGCUCCUCUGACCCAGUGUGAACUGGAACCGGAACAGUGCUGAACACGUCCCUCCCUCCAGCUGCUGUCUCUAUCGUGACCCCCACCCACCCAGCCCCUGAUCACAGGACGUCUGUGCCUCACACUGUGUGGGAGGUGUCACUGAGAUGUUGGGCUCCCCACUGUGGGGGCAGUUCCUGACUGUAGCAACUACUGGGGAACCGAUCGAUGAUUGUGUGCAUUGAGAUGGGAGCUCAGGGUGUCUGUGUCUCUGUCCUGUUUAUUUGUUCUGUCUCAGGUUUUACACAGAACAUUACAGCACAAUACAGCCCCUUUGGCCCAUAAUGCUGUGCUGACUUUGUAAUCCAGUCUAACAUCAAUCGAACUCUCCCCUCCGACGUAACUCUCCAUUUUUCUAUCAUCCACGUUCCUUAAAAUGCCUCUACCAGCACCCCUGGCAGCAUGUUCCUUUCAUCCAUCACUCUCUAUAAAAACACAUCUCUGAUAUCCCCCCUCGUACUUUCCUCCAAUCACAAUAAAUUGAUGCCGUCUGUGUUGGCCAUUUCCACCCUGGGGAAAGGUCUGACUGUCCACUGUCUGUCCCUCUCAUCAACUUGUACAACUCCAAGUCACUCUCAUCCUCCCUCACUGCGAAGAGAAAAUGCCAAGCUCACUCAACCUCUCCUCAUCGGACCAGCUCCCUAAGCGGUCACCUCACUACAGGAAGGAUGUGGAUGCUAUAGAGAGAGUGCAGACGAGAUUUACAAGGAUUUUGUCUGGAUAGGAGAGUGUGCCUUUUGAGAAUAGGUUGGGUGAACUCGGCCUUUUCUCCUUGGAGUGACGGAGGAUGAGAGGUGACCUGAUAGAGGUGUAUAAGAUGAUGAGACGCAUUGAUCGUGUGGAUAGUCAGAGGCUUUUUCCCAGGGCUGAAUUGGCUAACAUAAGGGGUCACAGUUUUAAGGUGUUUGGAAACUGGUACUGAGGGAAUGUCAGGGGUCAGUUUUUCCGCACAGAGAGUGGUGAGUGUGUGGAAUGGGCUGCCAGCGGUGUUGGUGGGUGAGGCGGCUAUAACGGGGUCUUUCAGGAGACUCUUGGAUGGGUACGUGGAGCUUCGAAAAGUAGAGGAAAUUGUACACAGUUUCUAGAGUAGGUUACAUGGUCAGCACAACAUAGUGAGGGGAAGAGCCUGUGAUCUGCUGUAGACUUUCUAUGUUCUAUAUUGUAUUUUAUUUUAUUUCUCUGUCCACCAGAGAAAGCAGGAUCUCCAGUGGCCACACAUUUUAAUUCCACAUCCCAUUCCCAUUCUGAUAUGUCUAUCCACGGCCUCCUCUACUGUAAAGAUGAAGACACACUCAGGUUGGAGGAACAACACCUUAUAUUCCGUCUGGGUAGCCUCCAACCUGAUGGCAUGAACAUUGACUUCUCUAACUUCCGCUAAUGCCCCACCUCCCCGUCGUACCCCAUCCGUUAUUUAUUUAAAUACACACAUUCUUUCUCUCACUCUCCUUUUUCUCCCUCUGUCCCUCUGACUAUACCCCUUGCCCAUCCUCUGGGCUCACCCCCACCCCCCACUUUCUCCCUGGGCCUCUCAUCCUGUGAUCCUCUCAUAUCCCUUUGCCAAUCACCUGUCCAGCUCUUGGCUCCAUCCCUCCCCCUCCUGUCUUCUCCUAUCAUUUCGGAUCUCCCCCCCCCCCACUUUCAAAUCUCUUACUAACUCUUCCUUCAGUUAGUCCUGACGAAGGGUCUCAGCCCGAAACGUCGACUGUACCUCUUCCUAGAGAUGCUGCCUGGCCUGCUGCGUUCACCAGCAACUUUUAUGCGUAUUGCUUUUAUUUUAGUUAUUGGUUCUCUGUCUUUUGCAUGUUGGUUCUUUGUCAGCUUUGUUAUUGUGUAGUUUUUCACAAUUUCUAUUAUAUUUGUGUAUUUUGCUGUGAAUGCCUGUAAUGAAAUGAAUAUAUGACGCUGUGUAUAUAAUUCUGUUGUGGAUUUAAUAUUUGAGUAAAUGUUGAUUACUCAUUUGGAUUAUUAUCUAUUAUUGAUUAUACUUGUUUAAAGAUUCUUCAUGUUGUUAAUCUAUUCUUUGUUAGAAUUAUAAUCGUUCUGUACAUUGUGAUUACACAGUCUUAGAAAUAAAUCAUUCCUGGCUCGCUGUAAAAAUAAGUGAAUAUGUAAAAAUGCCCUGUUGCUACCAAAUGAUACGUGUGGGCCGCGCUUAAAGUGAUCACAAAGUUUUGGAUCCCCCAUGUCUUCCUUUGAAAUUGCUCUCUGUAUUGUACUGCCCCGGCUCGCGUAUCCGGACAAGUCGGACGCGACAUCCAUGGUCGACACACUGACCGACGGAGACCUCACUGCGCUCUGCCUGACCUGCUGAGUUCCUCCAGCAGUCUUUGUUUACUGCCCAGGUUUCCAGCUUCUGAGAAUUUCUCAGGCAGCAGGAUAAAGUAGUGGUGGUUGGGGUGUGGAGAGGGGGGUUAUGAUCAGCCUUUCUACUGAGGGAAAGCUGUUUUUCAGGCUGCUGCUCCUGUGGGUGAUGCGAGUGAACCUCCUUUAUCCUGUUACUGAUUUACCAGCUGCAGUUUGCUGGCGGUCCAUUUCCGGGUUGUGAACCGUCCCAGAGUCGAGGGUUGGGGCGGGACGUUUAAAGCGAUUGUCUAGCGGGGACGUAAUUGGAUACUGGAGAUUACACCCCGCCCUAUUUCCCUGAUCAUUGGCUGAAUUUCAAUCAAUCACAUAAAGAGGUGACAACAUAUUUAAUUUCAAUACGUUGCGGGAAUGGUUUGCUGUGAAACAGGAUGAGACCGUGAGCGGAGCGUGUCCACGGACCGGUGAGUGACCAUUAUCCCCGACACCCUGCGCUCCCUCUCCCGCGGACUGACGGCGUCCCUCACGGACCCGCAGCCCCGCUGGGAACUCGCUAGCCGCGGCAGUGUAGUGGUUCGCGUAGCGCCGAGAGCCGGGUUCAAGUCCCACCGCAGUCUGUAAGGAGUUAAUCGGUUCUGCCCAGGACCGUCCGGGUUUCCUCCGGGGAAAGAGGUCCUGGUUAGAAGGUUAAUUGUUCACAAGGGUGGAAUUGGGUGUCAAGGGUUUCUGGGGCGGAUCUCUAAAUAAUUAGGGUUGGCGGUCAGUCUCUUUGCCAGGGUAAAAUGUCAAAUAGGAGAGGGCGCGGGGUAAAGAUGACGGGGAGUGGGGAGGGGGCGUUGAGGGCAAGUUGUUUCACACAGUGAUGGGUGCCUGGAACGGGCUCUGGGUUGGGGUGGAAGCAGAUAUGAUUGUGAUGUGUCAGGGGCAUUUACACAGACACUCACACAUUAAGGGAACGGAGUGAUUUGAAUUCUGUACAUUUGGGCGGGAUUAAUGAAACCGGCGGCGUAACUGUGUCCUGUCCUACUGUACCAUCCUACCUCCCAGAUUACAUCAUAUGAAAAUGUUGCAUAAAAGCUUUCCAAGUUUCUUGAAAUUUAACCGAAGGGUCAAAAAUAUCACUUCUAAUUUUUUUCUAAAUUUAAACUUAAUAUAGUUUGGGAAAACCAUUGGAAUGUAGUAGGAGGAUUGAUUUCCUUCCAGUUCAGCAAAAUAGAUCUUCUAGCCAUUAAAGUAACAAAUGUUAUCAUCCGACAGGCUGAAGAAGACAAAGAUAUAUGAUCUACCAUUGUCAAUCCAAAAGUUGCUGUAAUAGGAUGGGAUUUUAAAUCAGAACAUAGAACUGUCGAAAUAAUAUCAAAAAUAUCUUUCUAAUAUUUUUCCAAAAGAGGACAGGACCAAAACAUAUGAGCUAAAGAAGCCACCUCAGAGUGACAUAGGGAGCAUGUACAAGGGGAAUAAACAGGCCCGAUAUAUCUAAUUAUUAUUAUCUCUAUCCUUCAUUACAACUAAUUAUUAUCUUUAUCCUUCGUUAUAACUAAUUAUUAUCUUUAUCCUUUGUGAAACUAAUUACUAUCUUUAUCCUUUGUUAUUACUAAUAAUUGAUACACUCAUCCCUCGAUAUAUCUAAGUACCUCCUGCACCACACCAGUCCCCUGUCCACAGGUAAACCAGGUGUAUUUCAGGGACUGAGAAUGGAUGCCCCGUCCCUGGUGCUCGGGAGGGAAUAACUACCCCACCUCGUCACUGGCUGGGAAGUGACGCGUUACAUUUUCUCUCACAGGUCAAGCCCACCCAGAAACCAAGGGCCAGGAGAGUUCCAAUGAGGAUGAGGGUACGGACUGUCCUAUCUUGGAAUCUCUCAGCUCCUCUGAUCCAGUGUGAACUGGAACCGGGACAGUGCUGAACAUGUCCCUCCCUCCAACUGCUGUCUCUACCGUGACCCCCACCCACUCAGCCCCUGAUCACAGGACGUCUGCACCUUACACUGUGUGGGAGGUGUCACUGAGAUGCUGGGCUCCCCAGUGUGGGGCAGUUCCUGACUGUAGCAACUACUGGGGAACUGAUUGAAAUGGUGCCGUGUAGAUAAUUCCAUUGUGUAUUUAAUAUUUCUGUAAUAUUUGUGAAAAUAUUUUGAUUUAUUCUUGUACGUUUAAUGAUUCAUGUUAAUCUACUUUGUUUGAAUGUAUAAAUUUUCUGUACAUUGUUGAUUAAAUACACUUUUGUUGAAAUAAAUCAUUCCUGCCUCUCUGUAAAAAUAUGUGAAUAUCUAUUAAAAGACAUCCUAUUGCUACCGAAUGACAUGUGUGUACCUCACUUAAAGAGAUCACAAAGUUAGACUCACGUUUUGGACCCCACUGUCGUCCUUUGAAAUAAUUUAAUGUUUUGAAGUUUCAAUGCCUAACCUUGGCAAUGAGGUGUUUUUCGAAUGAACCUGCGAUGGCUCUUGACCUGAAGCCCAGUGAGGCAUUCGUACU